UGCUAACUACUGCAUUGAGCUGUAAAAUGCAGAUAAACACCCACACGCAUGCCCUCACUGCGGGAACAUUUCCUCUGAGGGUCACACAAACCCCUGCACAGCCCCUGGGGAUGCAUCUUCCCACAGCCUGGCUCACUCACCGGCUUUUCAUCUGAGCUCUUGUGGGGAUCCUGCAACUCUCAAAUGGGAAUUCCAUGAACAAGGGAGGGGGAGGCAACCGGGAUGAGAGUCCAGAUGCAGAGAAAUGAAAAUAACUUUCCAAGGGGACCUAGAAUUGUUAUCAUCCCAGCCCGAACCUCCCUCAGAUCUGUUACUUGUACAUUCUGCGCCUGAAGAAAAGCAACUUUUUCAAUGAUUGGGCCGUUGUCCAGGUUCUUAGCUUGGCAUCCAGCCCACAAAGCUGCAAAACCGACCUCAUCAAAUCUAUGCUUUGAAAUGAGGCAACGUCAAACUAGAAGCCCAUUCAAAAUAAGGAGCCUGGUGCAAGGGUCCAGGGUCCUGCCCUUCUUCCUACUUCUCCCAGCCGCACCUCUCUCAUCAGAUCUUGGUGGAAAGUCUUCCUUGGCUCAGAAGGAGAUCAGGGACAAGAAGGCAGUGCCCAGAAACUUCUCUGAGACUCUCAGAAGUUGCCGCCUGAAUACCAAACCUGAAUAACCAGGAGAGAUGGAACGUCCCAGGGUUCUCCUCCUGCCCACGCUGCAGGUUUUUCAGGUCUCUGCUUGAGCGUGCUCUCACAGGCGUAAAUAAACGUGCUCUCCACAGCUAUUUAAGCAGGGUGGCAUCAGCCAGCUCAGCUUCCAAAUCCUGGGCUUGCGUUUGCCACUUCCACCCGCGCCGGGACCAUGUCCGCUGAGCCCGCGAACGGCCCCACCGAGGACCAGGUGGAGAUCCUGGAGUACAACUUCAACAAGGUCAACCGGCAUCCGGACCCCACCACGCUCUGCCUGAUCGCGGCCGAGGCUGGCCUGUCCGAGGAGGAGACCCAGAAAUGGUUCAAGCAGCGCCUGGCCCAGUGGCGGCGGUCAGAAGGCCUUCCCUCAGAGUGCAGAUCUGUCACAGACUAAGGGGAUGGCAGGCACUGGCUGCUUCCUUCCACCAAGACCACCUGCUGCCUCUCUCCUCCACACCACCAAGUGCUUUGGCUUUUUCAAUGUAGUGUUGCAUGUUCCACUGUUAGCUGUUCUGCUGUUUAACACAAUGUUGCAUUGUUAAAAUGUAUAUAACUAGAAAAGUAACCAAAGGAAGCUGUGGGCAGCUUCUGUGUAAAGCAGUGGCUUGGCUGGAAAGUGGUGUGGCUUGCAUUUCCUUUCUGUUGAAUGACAGAUGGUGUGAAAACCAUUGAAGUUUUCUUUUUACCAUCACCCUCCUGGUACCAGUUUCCUUUUACCAGCCAUUUUAGAGCAGACAAGGCCUCUGUCUUGAAAAGAUAAGAUGACCAAGAGGGAGAAACAUUUCCUUCUAAUUCUACUCCCCUAAGUCAUUUUCCUUAUGUUUCAUUUAAUACAUUGCAAUGGAGUGGGAAUAUAGGGACAGCUGGGUCAUUCCGAUUCAUAAAGCAGGUCCUUGGAUUAGAGCUGCAUGAAUCUGGAAAACACUCGGGCUGGAAGACCGAAACUCCAGCCAGCAGAAAGUCAAGUAACUAAGGGGAAAAAUUUACAAAAGUCUUGAAUUUACCUUAUUUAAACGCAUUUGUUAAAUUUAUUUUGCUAAACAAAAUAAACUGCUUUUUGUCUCUAAAAUAAUAUUCUAAAUAAAAUGUUAACAUUUUGUUGAAAAUA